AGAGUUAUCGGUAGAUGUAACCUCAAUAUCAUAACAAAUAUUAAAUAAUGGAAGGAAGUCGAAAAUCUCGUGUUAUUCUUGAAGAACAUGGUAUACCGAAUGCUUCUGAAUAUACUAAUUAUCAACCACAACAAGAUUGGAACUUGCAUAAUUUUAAAAAAGAAUUCAAAAUACAAGUGAUAAGAGAGUCUGAAGAUGAACGAGAGUUAGAGUUUGAUUUAAUAGGUUAUCCUGUUGGGUUUGCUAAUGCAUUUCGUAGAGUCCUUUUAAGUGAAGUACCAACUAUGGCUAUAGAAAAGGUUUAUAUUGUAAAUAACACAAGUUUAAUUCAAGAUGAAGUUCUAGCUCACAGAUUGGGUUUAAUACCACUUCAAGCUGAUCCAAGAUUAUUUGAGUAUCCUUCAUCCACUAUUAAAGAUGAAGAUGAAGUUAGUGAUCAAGAUACUCUAAGAUAUGAACUUAAAGUAUCAUGUACUUGGAAUCCCCAAGCACCUAAAGAUUCUCGAAGAACAAAUGAUAUGUAUAGAAAUAGCAAUGUGUAUAGUAAAGAUAUUAAAUGGGUUCCCAUUGGUCGCCAAGCAGAAAUUUAUCCUCGAGGAGCAGAGCAAUUAGGUGUUCUAGAAGAUGAUAUUUUAAUAUGUAAAAUGCGCCCUGGUCAAGAAAUUCAUGUUUUUAUGCAUGCAGUGAAAGGAAUUGGGAAAGACCAUGCUAAAUUUUCUCCUGUAGCUACUGCAUCAUAUAGAUUAUUACCAGAUAUACAAUUAGUAAAAUCUGUCAGAGGAGAAAUGGCAGAUCGUUUAAAAAGCUGUUUUAGUAUUGGUGUUAUAGAAGUAAUUGAAACUAAACCAGGUGAUCCAGAAUCACGUGAAGCAAAGGUUAAAAAUCCUCGCUAUGAUAGCUGUUCUAGAAAUGUGUUUCAACAUGAAGACCUCAAAGGAUAUGUACGGUUAAGUAGAGUACGAAAUCAUAUUAUUUUUACCAUUGAAUCAGUGGGAACAUUACCACCAUCUGUAUUAUUUGUAGAAGCAACUAAGAUACUUAAGGGAAAGUGUAAAAUGUUUUUGGAAGAACUGGAAAACAUUGAAAAAUAGCUAGAAGUAUUAAGAUUUUAGUAAUGACAAUCAAAAAUAUUUUAACUUUUUGAAUUUAGUUAAUUCAUUAAAAUUCAAUUUUAUAAAAAAUGUAAUGUACAAUAUAUUUAAUAAAUAUAUGAAAAAGAUAUUGUAAAUACUAUGUAUAAGAUCUACAAAUAUCUUGACACUAUUAUA